CGGAAGUUGUCAACGCGCUCCCAGAGGGCCCAGGGCUGUGACGGAGAACGAUGGCGGCUCGGGACGGAAAGAAAGUCUGAUUGAAUGUUUUCAGCUCACGGAGAGCAACAGUUCUCUGCUAUUUGGAAGUGAUCAGCAGAAUUUUUUCAAUAGACGAUGUCUCCUUGCUUGGUGCUACUGGAUUAGAUUCACGUGCUGAAUGUCUCUUUUUCGUAUGGAACAAGGUUCUUUUAAUACCACAGGCACUUUCUGCACCAAUUGAUAGGGGCAGACACUGGUGGAAUGGAAACAGAGACUUGCACAGACAUAACUGUUCAGAAAGAGAAACCAAGCUGUGGGACUGCUGGUGAAGGGGACGCUCGAACCUUACUGACCGAGCAAAUGGAGAAUGAGAAUGCACUCCCUCAAACUUCAGUCAGCAAUGGUGGGGAGUCAGAUGUGGGGAAGGAAAUGGUAGACCUGAAAAUUAUUUGGAACAAAAACAAAUAUGAUCUGAAAGUUCCACUGGAUAGUACAGGAGCCAGUUUGAAAGAGAAAAUUCACUCACUCACAGGUCUCACUCCUGCAAUGCAGAAAGUCAUGUACAAGGGUCUGCUCCAAGAAGAUAAAACUUUACGUGAAAUUAAAGUCACAAAUGGUGCAAAAAUAAUGGUGAUCGGAUCGACAAUUAAUGAUGUUCUAGCAGUAAACACACCAAAGGAGGUGGUACAACAAGAGGCCAAAGCUGAAGAGCCUAAAAAAGAACCCCUAUGUAGACAAAAGCAACACAGGAAAGUAUUAGACAAAGGAAAACCAGAGGAUGUCAUGCCAUCGAUCAAAGGUGUUAAGGAACGCUUACCAAGUGUACCGUUAUCUGGCAUGUAUAACAAGUCAAGUGGAAAAGUAAGAUUGACCUUCAAACUGGAGCAGGACCAGCUCUGGAUUGGAACAAAGGAGAGAACAGAAAAAAUUCCAAUGGGCUCUAUCAAAAAUGUGAUCACUGAACCUAUUGAAGGACAUGAAGAUUAUCACAUGAUGGCAUUUCAGCUGGGUCCCACUGAAGCGUCGUACUAUUGGGUUUACUGGGUGCCUACACAGUAUGUUGAUGCAAUCAAAGAUACAGUCCUUGGGAAGUGGCAGUAUUUUUGAAUGUGCCUCCACCUCUGGCAGUGAAGGAUAGACUGAAACCAAAGGACUAUAAAACUGAUCAAUUGGAACUUUCACAUACUGGAUUGUAAUUCUUCCUCCCCUCUCCCUUCCCAACCUUGGAAGAUGCCAACAACGAUUAAAAAAUAGAAUCAUAAAAAUGUGCUGGAAGAUCCUCACCAGGAGCUGGAGGUGGUAUGUCCAAUUUGACUUUACCGAUGAACUUCAAAUUUAAAAAAAGUUUCAAAGAAAGAGAACUCCAAGUUAUUCAGGAAGCUCUAUAAGACCCAGAAUUAUUCGCAGGCGAUGCACUAGAAGCAUUUUAUUAUAUCUGCUGUGACAUGGAUAACCUCCCAAUUUAGGCUUGUUUCCAAUGUCCAUCCAGGGCUGUGUCUCUAAUACAGUACAGUGGGCCUCUACUUACUUGUACUCCUCAGCUGCCUGCUCCUCUUAUCUGUGUGUGGAUCUGUUAUAUUGACAUUAUAUAAAGCUUAAUUGGAAUGUUUAUUUCUAUAAACAAGCUGCAUCAUGUGUCUGUUCUCAGGUCAUUUUACAGUUGGAUGCCUUGUAUUUAAAUAGUUUCCCCAUUCACCCUUACUUUUUAGCAUGCUGCCUGAAUGGCAGUUUUGACUUGCCUUGUUUGCAAGAUCCAAGGAGAAGGGAGAGCACAGAGAGGAAAUGGUGCACAGUGAAUUCUAUUUGUCUGCCAUUUUAAUUUGUAACUGGCUUUGCUAGUUAAUUGCAUAAAGAAAUUUUCCACGCCCAACACUAUGCAAUUAAGCAGAACCCACUGUACUUCCACUAAUUUGUUGGACAAAGAAACCAUAUUUGGGUGAGCCCAUGUGAUAGUAUUGUGUGCGCCAAGUGAUUUCAACUUUUUUGCCAUAAUGUGGUACCAUUUUAAAGUUGCAUGACCAUUUCCACUUCACUGGUUUCAGUUUCUGUAGCACAUGGGGGCAGGGGAUGAGUCUCGAUGUAUUACGGCUCUGUCGAGAAUUUUUUUUCCCCUUCUGCAUUGAGCCCAGCUGUUCCAGGUGGAUGGCAGCUUUACCUGGCACCCCAGAUGGGAAACUGAGAAGAAAAUGUUUAGGUUAUUUUUAAUGCUUUGGAGUGGAAGGAUCUUCUCUCCAGUGCCAUAUGCACCUCUUCAGUGGGUUAUCCUGUGUUUCCACAUUCUUAAUACAAAGUUGGCAGUGUGCAUUCAGGCAGGAUAGGUAUUGUCGGUUAAACUGAGUAAAAGAUGAUAUGUAUUUUUAAGUAACUUCAAAACUAGACCCAAUUUUUCCACUUCCUCCCCCCACCCUUACACAGCAAGCAAACUUGAGUUUUGAAACAAUAGAACACAAUUUUCAAACGUAAUUGAUAUCUCGCACUUGAUACAACCUCUUAAUGGACGUUGUAUUGUGUAGGUUUUCAGCUUGUUUGCUGUGUAGUUGUCGUAUGGCUGAGGUGUUGAAAAGAGAGAAAGUUCUCAAUCCUGUAGACCUCUCAUCGGAGACUGAGUGGCUUGUGCCAUCCCUUCGCUUUCAUAAUUAUUUGGAAAAUAUUGUUUAGGACAAUCUAAUCAGCAUUGUAUCUGCCCUGGGAGCAUUUGAUGAGACACUGCACAAGGAUCUUUACUCUAACUGCCCUGGGAGCAUUUAAAGUACAGGAUACUGUGUGUUUAAAGUACAGGAUACUUGCAGGAGUGGCAAUAAAUGGCAGUUUCUAAUCAUUGAUAAUCCUUACUUGGAUUAGUAUAAACAGAUAAAAGUUGUGAAGCGUUUUGAUUUAAUGGGUUUUGGAUAACUUUAUAGAUCUUGGACCUGAUGAUCGUGAAAAGAGGUGCAAUAUUUAAAUGUAAAUACCACUUUUUACAAAAAAAUCUUUGCCCUGUUCUGAAUUUUCCAUGUGCACAAACUGAUACUAUAGUUCAGAUGAUUGUAAAGGGUCAUGCAGCUUUUAAUACCACUUAACUUGCAGAAUGCAUGAUUCAAGCACCCCAAUAUCUGUUGAACUGAGGGAGUUGACUUGGUUUUAGUGUUGCACUGCUUCUGAUUUUAGUGCUGACCAUUAGUUAGCCCAAUGUUUCAUUCUAAGGACUAGUCUUUAUUGCCAAUUAAAGUUUGUUACUUUACAGUA